UGAUACUACCUGACAACUACUCAUGAAUCUUAUCACUGCCGUAUUUGAGUCAGGCAGCCGAUUCCAUCUCAACAUUUACACAUUCAUUUCCAUCCUUGAAUUGGAAGCUCAUCAACCUAGGCGCAAUUUUACUCAGCUCAAAUUAUUGUGGUCAUCCAGAGUUUGAAUGAAUGCUCAGCUAGGAGGAAGAUCUACCAGAGCAAUGCAGCACCACAGAGACGAUUGAUCGAGGGCCGAGCACAGCCACACAAACCAUCAUCGACGCGAGAAGCAUCGCCAGAAGACUCCGGAAGAAGGGCAUCCCUCCUUUCCUGCGCUUCUUCCUCUUUCCUGUGUUCGCCACACGCUCUGCUUAAAUCUUCAGUGAUUUGUUCAGAUUUGGGUGACAUGGCGACAUUGACGAGCGCAUCGACUCUGCUCCGUGGGGUGGCGCUGCCAGCCGAAUCUAUGAUACCCUCGCGAGCAGGGAGGCCGCAGAGAGUGAGCUUGGCAGUGAGGGCAGAGGCCCCAGAGACAUCGACUGCGUCCGCUGCUCAUAUCAACCCGUCAAUUCGCAAGGACUCCGACAAGGUGGUUGACACGGUCCAAGCCAACGAGCUCUCCAAGCCAUUGACGGCAUACUGCAGAUGCUGGAGAUCCGAGACCUUCCCUCUCUGUAACGGCGCCCACGUGAAGCACAAUAAGGAAACAGGUGACAAUGUGGGUCCCCUUCUGUUGAAGAAGUAAGCCUCACAUGCGGGAGAGAGUGAGAGUUCCUGUAAUUGAUGCAAGAAUGCAACCGUCAUCCUGUAUUCAUAAGAUCGAUCUCGGCAUAGUUCAAUGUAGUUCAUCCUAGCAUUUGUAGCAGGCAGACUUAGAGUUCGAGAGCAUGUGAGAUGUAAAAUAAGAAGUGAAUUCCUACACUUUUUUUUUUGUGUAUACUUCGCCGUGACAGUGCUCUUAACAGGUUUUACUUGGUUUUGACAAGUAUUUAGUGAU